AUGGAUAUCCUGAAUUUCGAAGUUCACCUGUCUAAACUGUUGAUUACACUUGAAACACGAGAGGAUAUUAAAAAAAUCUCGGAUUUUAUGCUGAUGAUUUAUUUAAAAAAUAAACAUGGUUGCUUGAUCAGCGGAGGAAGAGGUUUAAGAUUAAUCAAACUGACGAAAUCUCGUAAAAAAUCCCGUUCAUUGAUCUAUUAUGAGAAUAAAAACACUCCGCCUAAGCAUACGCGGUUUUUGCAAAGUCUAAUCUAUAAAAUAGCCUAUAAUCCAUUUAGGAAAUAUUCAUUUCUCAAAUUCACCUUCUUCAUACUUCUUGUGUCAUGCAUCGAGGUAUGCGUCAUUGUUUACUCCAUAAAGGGGCACCGAUGGUUCAAGUCCUCGAUAUUUUCAACCCUUGAUUUUCGGAAUCAUGGCUAUAAUAGAAACCGUUGUGAAUAUCAUGAGAAUCUAUACUAUAAUGUUAACCAAAGGGGAAAAAUAUUUGGCGAAUCCAAUAAGGCAGCAACCAAGAAAUAUACCUUGAUAGAUAUAAAAGAUUUUAAAUUUAUAACCUUGCCCAUCCCUUGCGCAUACAGGGCAACUAACCAAAAAAUUCCCUGGGAUUCUGAUCCCUUAUUUUUACAAGAAGAGGUGUACAUUCUCAUAUUAAUUGCAUCCGAUCCCAACAAUUUAGCGUGGCGAGAAGCUAUAAGGCAAACAUGGGGUAAAUUCGAUUCAAAUCAUUCGUGGGCUAAAGUAAAACUUCUAUUUCUGUUGGGUACGCGACCAGAAAUUCAGCUCUUUAAUGAACGUAGAGCCAAUCAAAAUAGCAGUAUAUUUGAUUUCCAAUAUAUUUUUAAUCAUUGGAAGACAUCGGAUGAGACCCGUUUGAAGAUGAAGGAAAGAUCAAAAUUUAAUCAAGAAAUAUGCCACGAAAGCAAUAAAUACGGAGAUUUGUUGAUAGGUAAUUUUUUUGAUUCAUAUCGUAAUUUGACCUACAAGCACGUUAUGGGCUUAUUGUGGGUUACUGAGUAUUGUAGGGAAGUUGAUUUCAUUAUCAAAACUGAUGAUGAUAUAUAUGUGAACACUGGAGACUUGAUAAAUCUUUUAUACCUACUCCUGAAUUCUCCAAAAUUUGCUUACCCCUUUCCUCAGAACUAUUUAAACAACUUAAAAAACGUAACAAAUUACCCGCAAGCGUUGUCCUUAUUCAAUGAUAAAGCCCAGCUACCAUCCAUGUUAAUAUGCCACAAAUAUCCAGCUUCAUUAGUCAUGAGAGAUGUGAGAAGUAAGUGGUUCGUAAAUUCACGUGAAUACAAUGACACUUAUUAUCCGCCUUACUGUUUAGGAACAUUCAUCAUAUAUACUUUACCGUUGGCUGAAAAACUAUUGAAUAUAUCAAGAAAUUUUUCUUACUUUUGGAUAGACGACGUUCAUAUCACAGGUACCUUAGUAAGGAAAUUGAACCCGUCCAUUAUAGAUUGGAGCGCAUUUAUAUGGAAACAGUUUACUGAAGGUAAUUGGAAGUUAAAAUCGUCCACAUUCAAUAGUUUUAACAAUGUAAUAAAUGGCUUGCUCAAAAAUACAUCGUCAAAAAACCUUAAGAUAAACUCUUCGACCCAUUUUACAAAUAGGGUGAUAUUCAAAGAAAUUCCAACAUUCAUUGCUUUCCUGCUGCCACGUCAGGAGCCCAAUAUGUUAUUUAGAUUUCACGAAAUAUUUGCUGGAAAUGACGAUAAAGAAUGGAAAAUUGUGAUAAGCUAAUAUUUCACUUUAACAUAUGUCAUAUUUAUUGUAAUAUUUGCAUUCAUUCAUGUUUGAUUGAUCCAAAUUGUUGAUUUUA